AUGCCGAGCCUCUCGGUAUACACUGAAGGUAGGCAUUAUCAAGACUGUCUCGAGCUAUACAACCAUGCGCUGAAAAAGCAACCACUGGUCUGCGCCCGGCCGCGGACAGAAGAAGAGGUCUCACACCUGGUUCAAUUUUGCACCGAAGAAAAGAUUUCCUUUGCUGUUGGCUCAGGCGGUCAUGACUUCUUCGGCCGCUCCGUAGUCCACAAGGGCAUUCUCAUCGACAUGCGCGAUAAGGAGACGGUCAGCGUCGGGGCGGACCGAGCCAGUGCACGCGUUGAUGGCGGAGUGAUCGCCGGCCACCUGCAGGAAACCCUCAAUUCUCAUGGCCUAUUCACCUCUACCGGACAGGCAAAAUCCGUGGACUAUGUCUCAUGGGCAUGUGGCGGAGGGUACGGCUUCUAUGUUGGAACAUACGGGUUUGGGGUCGAUCAGAUCCUUGGGGCUCGGGUGGUUUUGGCCGGGGGGCGCGUCGUUGAUACCAACGAAGAUUCAGAAUUACUAUGGGCACUCCGCGGCGCUAGGACUAGCACAUUCGGCAUCGUCACGGAGCUUCGCGUGAAGGUAUACCCAGUGCCUAAACUAUACGCUGGCUUCCUAGCCUUCCCCCUCGCUGAGGCCGCAACUGUCAUGGACAAGAUUGAAAAGCUCUUAGAUGAUGAUUUUCCCGAUGAGUUCAGCGGAGAUGCCAUCGCCGUAAAUCCUGAAAUGGCUCGACGCCGGUAG